CAGUUCCCCUCCUGGGUUCGGGUAGCUCCCAUGGCGGCCUACGAGCAGGUCCAGAAGGGACCCCUGAAGUUGAAAGGCGUCGCAGAGCUCGGCGUAACUAAACGGAAGAAGAAAAAGGACAAAGACAAGGCGAAACUUCUGGAAGCGAUGGGAACGAACAAAAAGAACGAGGAGGAGAAGCGACGCGGCCUGGACAAGCGGACCCCGGCCCAGGUGGCCUUCGAGAAGAUGCAGGAGAAGCGGCAAAUGGAAAGGAUCCUGAAGAAAGCGUCUAAAACCCACAAGCAGAGAGUGGAGGACUUCAACAGACACCUGGACACGCUCACGGAGCACUAUGACAUCCCCAAAGUCAGCUGGACCAAGUAGCCACUCAGCCCCUGGGUUUGGCGUGGCCUCCAGGAGAAGCAGGACCCAGAGCUGGGGUUGAGCCUGGUCCCUUUGGCAUUUUCCAGAAGCAUUCUCGUACCUGUGCCUGUGCGUGAGACUGUCUGCUCCUUCUGGACUUUGAUUAAAAUAAGACUGUCCUCUCACUCGAUCCUGGUUUCUCAGUGGCCCACAGAAGAUAGCACCAUUUGAGUGUGGACUCAAAAGCCCGGCAGGUGUAGCUAGAGGCUCCCGUUUCCCUGUAAGUGCCACGUAAGAAUAGUUAGUUCUCCGAGUUGCAUUUAAACCUCUGAAGACAGCCAGCUCUCUGUGCUAAGAUAAAACGGACUCCCAUUAGCUUGGGGCUUAAGCUGCCCCAUCCAGGACCUGGGAAGCCAUUCACAGCUACCACCUCGACAGCCCUCCUGCCUGACAGGACAGAUGCCUAUGGGAAGGAUGGAGCAUCCCACCUGGUCCCUUUCUGAGCCCAUAACUAGUUUGCCACUCGUGUCCCAGUUUCCCCAUUCCAGAUAUUUCUAAUGGAUGUCACCGUGGCUGCCGUGCAGGCAUUCCUGAUCAGGCAUAGCUGUCACUGGUGGAGCCCAGAAACCACCUGACUCACCACUCACCCCGGGCCCCUAGCAGUCCCCAAGUAGUUAAGCAGAGUUAUUCUGGCACAGGACCAGGAAGAGCCUGUUGCGGUGACAGGGCCAGUGCUGAACCCUAGCAGGCAGACAAGUGUAAUCAAAUGGGAGCGCCCCCCCCCCCCACAAAAAAAGGGAGGCCCCCGUGACUGGCAAUGGGGGUAAGGGUCUCGGGGCCUGUGUUUAUUGGGUGAGGUGCAACCUGUGUACUCUACUGGAGGUGCUUCUGUGAGGCAGCUCUGGGAAAGGUAGCAAAAGAAGAGGUACAAAGCAAGUGCUGAACUCGAAGCCUUUUGUGUGUCAACUGCAGAAUAAAGUUACAUGAUUAUGAAA